CUUUAGAUUCCUGAAAGAUUUCGGUUUGUUGACUUCUUAAAGUGUUGUGUAACUUCUGUUCGCCGAGACUUUCAAAACAGUCCUGGUAAAGUCAAUAGAGUGUUAAAAUUGUAUAUGAUAGAAGAAAGAUGUUACAAUGUUGGAAGGAGUUUAACAUUAGUUUAAUGUGCAUUUCUGCGUGUUACGCGUCUUAGGGUUAGUUUAAUUUAUUAGCGAUUUAUACAAGAAAUAUGGAAACGAGAAAAAGGAAAUUCCCGGUUGAUGCAAAGGAUUACAAGCUAUAUGAGGAAGUUGGUGAAGGAGUAAGCGCCUCAGUGUAUCGGGCACUCUGUAUUCCAUUAAACGAGAUAGUUGCAAUCAAGGUUCUAGAUUUGGAAAGAUGUAACAAUGAUCUGGAUGGCAUUCGUCGCGAAGUACAAACCAUGAGCUUGAUAGAUCAUCCAAAUCUAAUGCGCGCUUAUUGUUCUUUCACAACGGGCCACAAUCUAUGGGUAGUUAUGCCAUAUAUGUCCGGUGGAUCAUGUCUUCACAUAAUGAAAUCAUCCUUUCCAGAAGGUUUUGAAGAGCGCGUUAUUGCUACAAUGCUGCGUGAAGUCCUUAAAGCGUUAGUUUAUCUUCAUGCUCAUGGCCAUAUUCAUAGAGAUGUGAAGGCCGGAAACAUUUUAGUUGAUUUUAACGGUUCCAUAAAGUUAGCAGACUUUGGAGUAUCCGCAUGCAUGUUUGAUUCAGGGGAUCGACAACGUUCUAGAAAUACCUUUGUCGGAACUCCUUGUUGGAUGGCACCUGAAGUUAUGCAGCAAUUGCAUGGAUAUGACUUCAAAGCCGACAUCUGGUCGUUUGGAAUCACAGCACUCGAGCUAGCUCAUGGCCAUGCACCUUUCUCAAAGCAUCCACCGAUGAAAGUUUUGCUUAUGACCCUGCAAAAUGCACCACCAGGUCUCGACUAUGAGCGUGACAAAAAGUUUACAAAGUCUUUUAGAGAUUUGGUUGCUACUUGCUUAGUGAAAGACCCGAAGAAACGUCCAUCGUCAGAGAAGCUUUUGAAGCACCCGUUUUUUAAACAUGCAAAAAACGCUGAUUUUCUACAACGUUCCAUUCUCAAUGGUCUUUAUCCGUUAGGUGAUCGUUACAGGAUGUUAAAGGCCAAAGAAGCCGAUCUUCUUGUGGAAAACAAAGAAUUAUACGAAGAUAAGGAACAAUUAUCACAGCGAGAAUACAUACGAGGAAUUAGUGACUGGAAUUUUAACGUGGACGACUUGAAGAAUCAGGCUGCGCUUAUCGACGAAAACGAUGAAAUUUUGGAUGCAGAUAAUCACUCAAAUGCUAGAUCUCAUGAUACAACUGAUGAAAUUGUCGAGGAAUGUUUUGAUAUCUGUGACGAUGAUGUGGCAACUGUAGAUAAUCUACAGCAACGUAUACAUACGUCACUAAAAGCUAGCGAUCAAGAAACUAAAAGAGACGAUAUUAGGCCGCUUGGGCGAAUGCAAUCUUCACAGAAAAUGAAUAAUAACGCUAGUGGUUCCGUGCUAUCAAACAAUGUUCUUUCUCAUAAGAAGUUAGUUAGCAACGACGAAAGGGAUCAUCACCAACCGAAGUUCCGAAUAGACCGUAGUUACAGUGGUCCGGUAUAUCUUCAGAAAAAUAAUAUGAACACUUCUUUAUCUGGUAAGACAUCCUUGACAUUAGAAAACGUAUCAGGAGCUGUGGUCCAGCAGAAGGGACGUUUUAAAGUUACCGAAGCAGAUUUGAGCUCCAAGGUUCCGGUUGUUGGUCCAACUUCAAGUGUACAAGCUGCAUCACUACUUCCGCCUUUGCAAAGCAUUUUGCAGCAUAAUACAGCACAAAGGGAAGAAAUACUUCGAUUAAUGGAGCAUGUGGAGACAGGAAACAGCGAUUUCUCGCAAAUCGCUCCUACUCCAAGGGAGAGAGAACUGCAUUCUCAAGUGAUCCAGCUACAACAAAGCAUGGGGUGUCUAGUCGAGCAAUUGCAACUACAGAAAAUGAUAAAUGUUGAGUUGGAAAAGAAGUUGAGUGAUUUGGUGAAGAAGAAUAGCAUCAAAGAAUGAUCAUGAUGAUGGGAACGACAAGAUUUCGGCGACACAUUCGAUCUUAACCUGCUGUGUUUUUAUAGAUUUUUUUUCUAUUUUCUUAAAUUAUUGAACUUAUAUCGUACAUCAUGGAGGCUAUGUCGAUGCUAGUAGUAUUCAACAUAUUCAUCUAUGUGAAUAUGAUGAGGAACACAGGAAAUUGUGAGUAGCAAAUCCUAAUAUACAUCAUCUUAGUUAAAUGAAUUUCCCUUAAGUUAUA